GCUGGACGCCAAAAUUCCGAUUUCACUUCAGGAGGGUGUUUACGUAAUUCUACAGGAAACACACCUAGAAACUGCGUGAACUCGUAAAAAAAAUAGUCAAUGGCUUCUUACUAUCUCUCUACAAUCUCAAUAUUACCCUUCCCAAACUCCAUUUUCUCCUUCAUCUCCACCUCUCCUCUCUCCCCUCGCCAAAUCCACCAAAAGAUCACUUCCGUCGUCUCUUUCUCCCACCGCAGAGCUCGCCGCAGCUCUCUCAAACAGAGCAACGGCAUGUCUGGCCCCGCGCCACUUCCUGCUUCCUCCCACCGCCGCGACGGAGACGAUGAGCCGUUUCUUGAUUCCAGAAUUGUAGUAGGUGCUGGAAAGGGAGAUCUGUUAACAUCAAAUAUGGAACAGGAGACGAGAACUUCUAGUUCUGGGCAGAAAAAUAGGUAUAUUGGUAGCGAAUUGAAGAUUUUUGGUGUUGAAUUGUCACCUGAUAAUGUUGCUGUUGCUAUGGUGUAUUUUGUUCAAGGCGUUUUAGGCCUCUCGAGACUCGCUGUCAGCUUUUACUUGAAAGAUGAUUUGCAUCUCGAUCCAGCAGAAACAGCUGUUAUAUCCGGCUUUUCUGCAUUGCCAUGGCUAAUUAAGCCUCUUUAUGGGUUUAUCAGUGACUCUGUCCCGCUCUUUGGUUACCGGAGAAGGUCAUACUUGAUUCUAUCAGGUCUUCUUGGUGCACUCUCAUGGAGCUUGAUGGCUGCAUUUGUUGACAGCAAAUAUGGUGCUGCUUUCUGCAUACUUCUUGGAUCUCUCUCUGUUGCAUUCUCGGAUGUGGUUGUAGAUUCCAUGGUUGUUGAGAGGGCUCGUGGUGAGUCACAGAGUAUGUCAGGGUCUCUUCAGUCUUUAUGCUGGGGAUCUUCAGCUUUUGGUGGAAUUGUGAGCUCAUAUUUUAGUGGCUCCCUGGUUGAUGCUUAUGGUGUAAGGUUUGUUUUCGGCAUCACGGCAUUGCUACCACUGAUAACAUCUGCAGUUGCUGUUCUUGUAAAAGAACAGUGUGUUCUUGGAUCGGCAAGGGCACAGAAUAUUCUUUUUGCCAGCCCUAGCUUUCUUGAAAGCUCAAGAGAGCAUAUCAUUGAGUUGUGGAAAGCUUUCAGGCAGCCAAAUGUGUUUCUGCCCACGGUCUUUAUUUUCCUGUGGCAGGCAACACCACAAUCAGACUCUGCCAUGUUUUACUUCACAACGAAUAAUUUGGGAUUCACUCCAGAAUUUCUAGGACGUGUCAAGCUUGUUACUUCGGUUGCAUCAUUGCUUGGAGUUGGAUUGUAUAAUGGAUUUCUUAAAAAUAUUCCAUUGCGGAAGAUUUUUCUGGUAACGACAACUUUCGGUACUGCUCUCGGAAUGACUCAGGUCUUUCUUGUUACUGGAUUGAACCGGAAAUUUGGCAUAAGUGAUGAGUGGUUUGCAAUUGGGGAUUCAUUGAUUCUAACAGUUCUAGGACAGGCGUCUUUCAUGCCUGUUCUUGUACUGGCAGCAAGGUUAUGUCCAGAGGGAAUGGAAGCAACGCUUUUUGCCACUCUAAUGUCCAUAUCAAAUGGAGGCAGUGUUGUUGGAGGCCUAAUUGGCGCUGGUUUGACACAGCUCUUUGGUGUAACCAAGGAUAGAUUUGAUAACUUAGCCUUCUUGAUAGUCCUUUGCAAUCUCAGCUCAUUGCUGCCAUUGCCACUACUUGGCCUACUUCCACAGGAUAAUUCUGAUACCAUUUCACACGAGAAUGAGGAUAUUGAGAUGAAGUCUAAUUGAAUUCUUGUUUUCUACCCCUUGUCUAGCAAUGUUUGUGUCACUUCCUGCUGUACCAAAAGUUCAGGGCAUCUGUUUUUAGCCAUAGAUCACAAAUUUAGAGUACACUGAAAGCGAGAGUUCUGUAAAUAAAUGUCACGGUGAUAGAUAUAAAAGAUUUACGCAUCUUAUUGAAACGACCUCUAAAUUGGAUUCUUUCUGUAAUUUCUGCCAUUAUAGAAACCUCCUAAUUAAUGAUCAUAUCUAGUUGGUAAAUGUCAUUAGACAGGAUGGUUAUGGUUGCUUUAGAAAUUGGGACCCAGAUGAGAAGACAGCACCAUAUUAGUCUUACAUGACUAAUAUAUAGUUUGAAAUAUCUCUUUACUUGCCUUAUUAAAUUUAUCAUUUUCUUAUAUCUUUGCUAUGUAUUUAAACUUUGAUGUACAUUGUUUCAUGUAUAUAACUUACAUCAAUCUCAUAAUACAAGUUGAUGACUAUAUUGUAGGUCAGCUAAUGGAUUGCAUCUCUAAGGAAAGACUGGAAACUAAUUGGUGGAGGAGAAUGGCCAGGCAAGUUCAUUCACUUGACAAAUUGACACAAACUCUCAUUUCUCACGUGGUGGGUCCUCCUUGUUAUAUCCAGUGUGUUGUCAUGUAUUCAUCUGAGGGAGGGUGGUUGGGUGCGGGCCCGCCACCCGUCCGCCAUUAAAACUUUGGCACCACCAAGCAGCCUCAGCUGAGAGCCCCACCACACAAAGCUGUGGUAAGUAUCUAAGCUAUGGUUAGGCUUUUAAUAUGGAUAUGGAUGGAUGGGCAAUGGGCAUAUAUCGAAACUUCUUGUGUGAACAGGAAUGCAAGGUAUGCCAUAUUUUGUUUCUGAAACAAACCAUUAAUACCGAAGAUUUAUUGCUCCGAAUAAAAGGAAUUUAGGGCA